AUGAGUGGCAACGGUAACCCCCUCCUCUUUGGCCUCCCCUUCUCCUCCUACACCGAUGCAGGCUCGGCCUUUGCCAUCCCCCAGCUCCUCCAAAUCGACAAACGCCAAAUUCUCAACAAAUUCGGCAUUGAAGAAGCGUCCCCACCUGCCGAUGAUCUCCUCCAACACAUCGUUUCCACCUUCACCUCCCAGGAAACAGCCAGUAAUCCGGCUAAAGCCAUCAUCAGCCUCCUCUUGGGCCUCACGACCCAAAUCGAUAAACUCACCUCGGAAGACAUCGACAUCAACGCCCCAGAGGAGAUUAUUGAUGCCCACGGAAACAGACGUAUCCUCUCCUACGCAGAGAAAGCCCGCAGGGCAGUAGCCGCCAAACUUCCCUCUGAACUUGGAAGAGUCCUAGCCAACGCAGGCCUCACCCACCCUCACACUUCCCUCCAGGUCCAAGUCAAUCACAAUGGUACCGUCACCUGCAUAGUAUCACCCUCCACUCCUGCCAAAGACCUCACCGCAUAUUUCCCAGGCCUCCUCGCUGUCCUCAACCUAGCUUGCCACGCGUCUGAGAACCCCUUCAACGAAUUCCAGCUGGCCCCCACCAACACCGACUACGCCGUUCACAAUGUCCCCCUCUUCGCCCUCCCAGAACAUCCAGACCUCUUCAUGCCAGAAAUCACCGAAGCUGUUGCCCUCGCCACAGGUGCCUCUAUAUCCCACGUCAACUUCCUCUCCAAACCUGAAAACAGAGAGGGAAAAAACACCACCUCCAUCGUUAUUUCUGUCCCCGCUGAAGACAUUGACAAGAUUGUAGCGACGAUCCACCUCUUCGGCCGAUCUCGUCGCUGCAACAAGCUCUGA